UUUUUCUUAAAACGCCAAACGCGGUCCUUGUCUUGUUGUCUCGUCCACCAAAAAAAUCUGGGGCACUAGUGUCACAAAAAUCACACGCUCGUCGCGUGAGAAAGUUAGGCUUUUGAAAUACUUUAGCGGCGCGCGAUUACUUAGGCGACAUUACACACACAGCCUCCGAGGAACAACAACAACAUCGAUUGUCUCGUCAAUUUGGUCAUCAUCAUCAUCAGAUGAUGGAGAAUCUACUGGCGAAUUGUGUCCAGAAAAACCUUAACCAUUUUAUGUUCACCAAUGCUAUCUUCCUUUGCGAACUUCUUCUCGCCCAAUUUCCAUCUGAGGUGAACCUGCAAUUGUUAGCCAGGUGUUACUUGAGUAACAGUCAAGCUUAUAGUGCAUAUUAUAUCCUUAAAGGUUCAAAAACGCCUCAGUCUCGGUAUUUAUUUGCAUUCUCAUGCUUUAAGUUGGAUCUUCUUGGAGAGGCUGAAGCUGCAUUGUUGCCCUGUGAAGAUUAUGCUGAAGAAGUUCCUGGUGGUGCAGCUGGGCAUUAUCUUCUUGGUCUUAUAUAUAGAUAUUCUGGGAGGAAGAACUGUUCAAUACAACAGUUUAGGAUGGCAUUGUCAUUUGAUCCAUUGUGUUGGGAAGCAUAUGGAGAACUUUGUAGUUUAGGUGCCGCUGAAGAAGCCUCAACAGUUUUCGGGAAUGUUGCUUCCCAGCGUCUUCAGAAAACUUGUGUAGAACAAAGAAUAAGCUUCUCAGAAGGAGCAACCAUAGACCAGAUUACAGAUUCUGAUAAGGCCUUAAAAGAUACAGGUUUAUCGCAAACAGAACACAUUCCAGGAGAGAACCAACAAGAUCUGAAAAUUAUGCAGCAGCCUGGAGAUAUUCCACCAAAUACUGACAGGCAACUUAGUACAAACGGAUGGGACUUGAACACACCUUCUCCAGUGCUUUUACAGGUAAUGGAUGCUCUACCGCCUCUGCUUCUUAAGAAUAUGCGUCGUCCAGCAGUGGAAGGAUCUUUGAUGUCUGUACAUGGAGUGCGUGUGCGUCGAAGAAACUUUUUUAGUGAAGAAUUGUCAGCAGAGGCUCAAGAAGAAUCUGGGCGCCGCCGUAGUGCUAGAAUAGCAGCAAGGAAAAAGAAUCCUAUGUCGCAGUCAUUUGGAAAAGAUUCCCAUUGGUUACAUCUUUCACCUUCCGAGUCAAACUAUGCACCUUCUCUUUCCUCGAUGAUUGGAAAAUGCAGAAUCCAAAGCAGCAAAGAAGUGAUUCCUGAUACCGUUACUCUAAAUGAUCCAGCAACGACGUCAGGCCAGUCUGUAAGUGACAUUGGAAGCUCUGUUGAUGAUGAGGAAAAGUCAAAUCCUAGUGAAUCUUCCCCGGAUCGUUUCAGCCUUAUUUCUGGAAUUUCAGAAGUGCUAAGCCUUCUGAAAAUUCUUGGAGAUGGCCACAGGCAUUUACAUAUGUACAAGUGUCAGGAAGCUUUGUUGGCAUAUCAAAAGCUAUCUCAGAAACAAUACAAUACACACUGGGUUCUCAUGCAGGUUGGAAAAGCAUAUUUUGAGCUACAAGACUACUUCAACGCUGACUCUUCCUUUACUCUUGCUCAUCAAAAGUAUCCUUAUGCUUUGGAAGGAAUGGAUACAUACUCCACUGUUCUUUAUCACCUGAAAGAAGAGAUGAGGUUGGGCUAUCUGGCUCAGGAACUGAUUUCAGUUGAUCGCCUGUCUCCAGAAUCCUGGUGUGCAGUUGGGAACUGUUACAGUUUGCGUAAGGAUCAUGAUACUGCUCUCAAAAUGUUUCAGAGAGCUAUCCAACUGAAUGAAAGAUUCACAUAUGCACAUACCCUUUGUGGCCACGAGUUUGCCGCAUUGGAAGAAUUCGAGGAUGCAGAGAGAUGCUACCGGAAGGCUCUGGGCAUAGAUACGAGACACUAUAAUGCAUGGUACGGUCUUGGAAUGACCUAUCUUCGUCAGGAGAAAUUCGAGUUUGCGCAGCAUCAAUUUCAACUGGCUCUCCAAAUAAAUCCAAGAUCUUCAGUCAUCAUGUGUUACUAUGGAAUUGCUUUGCAUGAGUCAAAGAGAAACGAUGAGGCGUUGAUGAUGAUGGAGAAGGCUGUACUCACUGAUGCAAAGAAUCCGCUCCCCAAGUACUACAAGGCUCACAUAUUAACCAGCCUAGGUGAUUAUCACAAAGCACAGAAAGUUUUAGAAGAGCUCAAAGAAUGUGCUCCUCAAGAAAGCAGUGUCCAUGCAUCGCUUGGCAAAAUAUACAAUCAGCUAAAGCAAUACGACAAAGCCGUGUUACAUUUCGGCAUUGCUUUGGAUUUAAGCCCUUCUCCAUCUGAUGCUGUCAAGAUAAAGGCUUACAUGGAGAGGUUGAUACUACCAGACGAGCUGGUGACGGAGGAAAAUUUGUAGAUUUAUUGUGCAGGUAAUACACCAGAUUAUGUUUCUCAUAUAACCCAAAGUCAUCUGUAAUUUUUCUCAUCUUUAGAUCAGUCUUGUGGACUAACCCUAAAACAAAACUGAUUAUAUAAACUUAGAGGGUAAUAUUACAGAAAAUUGUAUAGAGUUGGGUUGAAUUUUCAUUUCUUUUCCAAGUUGGAACUUUUGUUCCUUUCUCUUUGCAUAAAAUUUGUGGCACUCAUUGCACCAAUGGUAACUAUCUGGUGAAAGAUUUAAACUUU